AUGGCAAAACGCCCCAACUUCCUCAUAAUCGUCGCCGACGACCUCGGCUUCAGCGACUGCAGCAGCUUCGGGUCGGAGAUCCAAACACCUAACAUCGAUUCCCUCGCCCAUGCGACCAGCGGCCUCCGCUACACCUCAUUCCACGUCGCGGCAGCAUGUUCGCCCACGCGCGCAAUGCUGAUGACAGGCACAGACCACCACCUCACAGGGCUGGGCCAAUUAUCUGAGAUCAUUCGCAAUUCGCCCGCGCACCAGGGUGCUCCCGGCCACGAGGGAUACCUCACUGAUAAAGUGGUUGCGAUUCCGGAACUUCUCUCGGAGGGCGGAUAUUUCACUGUUAUGUCGGGAAAGUGGCAUCUGGGAUUGAAGAAGGAGUAUGGUCCGCAUAUGCGCGGAUUUCAGCGGUCCUUCGCUUUGCUGCCUGGGUGUGCGAAUCACUACGGCUACGAACCGCAAUACGAAAAUAUCCUCGAUGAACCACCGCGCUUCUUCGAGACAGCCGUGACGGCACUGCACAUGCAAGAUGGCGAAUAUCAACCCAAAUUACCAGGGAACUUCUACUCAUCCGACCACUACGCCACAAAAAUGAUCGACUUCCUCAGCGAACGCUCCGACUCAGAUCGCGAGAAGCCAUUCUUCGCGUACCUCCCCUUCUCCGCGCCGCACUGGCCCCUUCAAGCGCCCAAAGCCUCAAUGGACAAAUACCGGGGUCAAUACGACGACGGCCCAGAAGCACUUCGUCAGCGAAGACUCCAGCGACUCAAAGAUCUCGGCAUAGUUUCUCCAGAUGUAGUCGCACACGAGGUCGUGACUGCCCCCGGCGAACCUCUAGAAUGGGAGAACAUGUCUGCCGAUGAGCGUGCGAAAUCCGCUCGAUCGAUGGAGGCAUUUGCGGGGAUGGUGGAUCGGAUGGAUGAGAAUAUCGGACGCGUUAUUUCGUAUCUGAAAGAGACAGGCGAGUACGAUAAUACCGUUAUCUGCUUUAUGUCUGAUAAUGGUGCGGAGGGUGCAAGUUAUGAAGCUACGCCUCUGGUGGGAGAGACCGUUGUCCAGCAUAUCCAGAAGUACUACGACAAUUCUCUUGAGAAUAUCGGACGAGGGAAUUCGUUCGUUUGGUAUGGGAGCCGCUGGGCGCAGGCUGCGACUGCGCCGGCGAGAUUGUAUAAGAUGUUCUCGACGGAGGGCGGGUGUCGAGUUCCGCUGAUUCUCAAGCCUGUUGUGCAUGAAAAGUGCAAUGCUGGUGGCCGCAUUGUUGACUCUUUCUGUACAGUUAUGGAUCUCGUUCCGACUAUUUUGGAUUAUGCAGGGCUCGCGCAUCCAGGCAAGGUCUACAAGGGGAGGGUAAUUGCUCCUGUGCGAGGUGUGAGCUGGAAGCCGUUCCUGGAUUCCAUGGCUGCUUCUCAUCAUGAGGCUUCCACUAUUCAUGGUGACGAUAAGGUAUUCGGAUGGGAGAUUGCUGGCAGUGGUGCGUUGCGCAAGGGUCGGUAUAAGAUUACUUAUGUGCCGCUACCUCGAGGUCCUCAGCGCUGGGAACUGUUUGAUAUCGCUAAUGACCCGGGUGAGACGGAUGAUCUGAGUGUGAAGCUGCCUGAGAUCUUCAGCGAGAUGGUCAGGCUGUGGAGUGUUUAUGCUGAAGAGGUUGGUGUUGUGGGUUUAGCGGGUGAGUGGAAGAAUGAACAUCAGAUUGAGGGUGUUAAAGAUGAGUUUGAGGAUACGGGAAGGUGGAUCAGGUUUAUUGGCAAGGAUAAUAUUCCACCUGAAGUUGCUGAUAAGAUUCCUCGCUAG